AUGUGUGUGGUGGUGAGUGUGGUGGAGGGGCAGAGGGGGGCAGCUAGGGCAAGGACUCACGGGAAGCCGGCACCAACGGGCGGGGCCACGGUCGGUGACAUCAUCCUAGAGAUCGGGGGGACGCCCGUGUUAGGGAUGACCCUCGGUGAUGUCAGAGGAGUCCUCAACUCCUGUCCUCAUCCAAUCAGAAUCAAGACGGUCUCGCCGGAUGAAUCUGUUUGUCCAUCGAUUGAUUGGCAAUUAUUUUUAGUCGCCUCUCUGUGCUGGAGUCCUGGCUAGCCUGUAACAGGACUACAGCUCUGUCCCUCUGUGAUGACAUCACCGUGCCCCCCCCCUGCAGGUACGACCAGGCAGCCUCGGGACGGGGAGAUCUCAGGCGUGGACUACAACUUUGUGUCCAUCGAGGAGUUUUUCUCUCUGGAGGAGUCUGGAGCUCUGCUGGAGAGCGGCAAGUUCAAAGGGAACUACUACGGGACGCCCCGCCCAGUGCACAUCGGUCCGGAGAGUCCACCAAUCACGUACCAGGAACACCGAAACCUGCUGAGGAACUUCAGGACGAGAAGCAAAUCUCUGAGUAACCUGGAGAAGGCUGUGGAGGAGGGAGACAACAGUGAGGAGGACAGUGGACUGUCUGCGGGUUCUGCCGUAGUCCCGCCCACCACCCUGCCUCUCAGCCAAUCGUGGGAGUCGGCAGUGGGGAGUAGGGAGGGAAUGGAGAACGGAGGAGGAAGAGGAGUAGGGAGAGGAGGAGGAACAGGAGGAGGAACAGGAACAGGAGGAGGAGGAGGAGGAGGAGGAGGACCGCUGCCUGAAAACUGGGAGCUGGCGUUCAGCGAUUCAGGAGAGCCGUACUACAUCGAUCAUAACUCAAAGACGACCAGCUGGCUGGAUCCUCGAACUCUUAACAAAGACACGACUCCCUUCACAGAACUCCCAGAGUUCACCGAGCAGCCCAGCCAGCUGAAGGGCUACUCCAUCCACACCCGGCUCUCCAAAGGCCCCCGAGGCUUCGGCUUCAACAUCGUGGGAGGAAGUCGAGCCCGAGAGUUUCUGCAGGUGUACAGCGUCACACCUGGAGGACCGCCAGCACUCAGCACAGCGGACAUCCUGGUCUACAUCAACGACAGCUGCGUGUUGGGUCGCUCCCAUAAAGAGGUGGUGGAGAUGCUGAAGUCGGUGCCGAUGGGCCAGAGUGUGGACGUGGUGCUGAGGAGAGGCUACCCGAUGCUUUAUAACCCCGAUGGAUGUCCCAAACAGAGCCUGGAGACGCCACAGACUCCCAGCGAGCCUCCAAACCCCCCCAAUGUGAGCCGCGGCCUGACGCACCUCACCUACAGCCGGACGCCGGACGCCAACGGCAGCACGCCAGGACGGGGCCAAACCCCGCCCUCCUAUGCUGCUCCGCCAAUGACGAACGGGCUGACAGGCCCGCCAACGCCCACUUCCUCUGACCCCCCCCUGGGUCCACCCCCCCUUCCAGAGAGGACAGCAGCCAUUAAUCACAGUGACUCUGAUGGCGUACUGUCCAACACUGGAACACGAAGAUCUUCUCUGAUUCGCUACAACAGCAGCACUCUCCCCGCCUUCUCUUCCUCCUCCCUCCUCCACCAUCAGAGCUCCAAGUCUUCAGAGAGUGACCUGUCUACGUCAACGCUCCCCAUCUCCUCCUCCACGCUCCCCAUCUCGUCCUCGUCCUCCCACACUCUGUCCAAACUGCCCCUCUCUCAGCCAGAGACCGGCCUGCUCCAAAACUCCACCAGCCCAACUACCGCUAACAACCCCACCUCCUCCACACCUCCUGGGGCUCCUGUGCAACGCCCGCCGAUGCCCCAGACGUCCCACGCCCUGACCCCGCCCAAAGACGUCCCAUCCUGCGGCUUUAAUGGCUGUCCAGCCAAUCACCAAGCGCCCUCCCCACCCUCCCAAAGAAACCCUGGGCUGGUGCUCCCACUCGGGGCAGGGUCGCCCGGCUCAGCUCGGAGUGCGGAGCUUGUGCCGGUGGCCCUCGGGCGCAGCGAGAGUGGGGGGCUUGGGUUCAGCGUGAUGGCCGGGGGGCAAGGAGGUCAGCUGGCGGUGGUGAGGCGGGUCUGGGAUCGCAGGCACUGCCCCUCCCUGCAGCCAGGAGACGCUAUAGUGAAGAUCAACGGGGCGGACGUACAGAGCCUCGGCUUCUCCCAGGUCCAGAGAGUCCUGCAAGAACACACCAACCAGGGAGAGGUGGUACUACUGGUCUACAGAGGAGGUCCGAUGUCUUCCCCAGUCGUCACCCCUAACCUCUACAAGCCCCUUCCCUCCCCACACGGCCUGGCCACCCCUUCUUCCUCCCACCCCUCAACUUCUGCCGACUUGCCUUCCCCGUCCACGGGUGCCUUGGUGGGGGGCGUGCCCCCACUCAGCCAGGCUGGCUUGGUCCUGGAGAGUCCCCAGGAGGGGCACCUACCAGCCGCAGGGACCCACCAAGGGGCCCCUCCCGCCCAGACGCCAAACGGGCCCCCAGCCUGGCCCCCAAAAAACUUUUCCUGUUCCGGUUCCCCCGCGCCUUCCUGCCCUCAGUCCAAAACAAUUGUGGAGGAGGGCGGGGGCCCUCCUCCCACCAGAGGAGGGGGCGCGCUGGGAGCCAUAGCCAAGGAUGGGAGAGGAGGAGUAAAGGCAGUGGAAGUGGAGCUGAGGAGAAGGUCGGGAGAAGGAUUUGGAUUCGUCAUCGCCUCUCAGGAAGUGACCAACGGGGCCCCCUCCCUGAUGUCUCACCGGUUCGUGACGGUACGUCGUGGCAGCCCUGCGGCUCGCAGCGGCCAGAUCCAGCCCGGGGACCAGCUGGAGACGGUGGAGGGCCGGCCGGUCGGAGGCCUGCAGCACCGAGACCUGGCCCAGAUCCUGAGGAGGGCUGGGAACACGCUGAGACUCAGCAUCACACCCAGACACCAUUCGUCUCCUGUGUCAGAGGCAGCAGAUCUGGAUAUGGAUGGCCGCUUGAUGAAAGGAUCCAGAGGGAGGUCAAAGGACGAGGCCAGGUUCUACAACGUGGAUCUGGAGCGAGGUCCUACAGGUUUCGGUUUCUCUCUGAGGGGGGGCAGCGAGUACAACAUGGGACUGUAUGUUCUGGGACUGAUGGAUGGGGGGCCAGCCCAACGCAGCAACAAGAUACAGGUGUCGGACCAGCUGGUGGAGAUUAACGGAGACAGCACAUCGGGGAUGACUCACAGUCAGGCUGUGGAGCAGAUCAGGAGGGGGGGGCACCGAAUCCACCUCAUCCUCAAGAAAGGAAACGGAUACGUGCCCGACUACGGCCCUGAGGAAGGAGCCCUCUCCCCCUCCUCCUCUUCACACACAGAGGAGACGCAUGUGGAAACAGUAACCGUGACAACCGCCUCCCUCUGCCAGCAGCGGAGGGGAGGAGGUGGUACAGAAGGAGAAGAAGGAGGAGGAGGAGGAGGAGGAGAGAGGAGGAAGACAAGGAGAGAGGGAGAAAUCAAACGAAGAACAACAGGAGGAAGAGGAGGGUUAGGGCCUCCUGAUUUGGACCUAGACGUGGUGGAGAAGGAGGCACGAGAGGAGGAGGAGGAGGAGGAGAGGAGGAGGAGAAGCCAGACUGUCAGGCAGAAGGGGAAGUGGGAGAACCAGAGGGAGCAGGGGAGGAGGAGCAGAAGCUUACCCAGGAUCAGUGCUCGAUCCUGGGACGCGUUGCUUCCGCCGGAGGGGGUGGAGGUAGAGGAGGAGGAGGAGGAGAGGAGGAGGAGGAGGAGGAGGGCGACAGUCGCCAACAGGGAGGGGGAGGAGAGGCGGGAGAGAGAUGACAUCACCCCCCGCCGCGCAAAGCAUUCUGGGAGUUCCGGUGCGCCUCAGAAGGCCGUGUUUUCUUUCCUCAUGCCGAGGGACGACGAGAGCGAAUUCGACAGCGAAUCAGCAGCCAGCUUCUCAGAGGUCAGCCAAUCGGCAGCCAGCGUCGCCACGGUCGCCGGGUGGAGGGAGGAUUCCGACUGGAGGAGAGCAGAGUCGCCGUGGCAACAGGGGAAUGCUCCGGGCCCCUGGCUGAAGCCGAGCCCGCAGAAACUGACAAAGGUUUUGAUUGGCUGUCGGCUCGGUGGGCGGGAAGCUCUCUCUCUCUGAUUGGCUCACAGCGAGGACAUUCUCGUUUUCUCUUUCGCUGAUAUACUUUAGUGGCUACUUAUAAGGGCUUUUUUGAUUGGCCUGCUCACGGAAGACCCGCCUUUGCCUGCGUCUUAUUGGAUGACAGCAGACAUUUUCCGUUUCCUGCUUGAAGGAUUAAAAAGCAAGCAGACAAGGACUUGUUUUUGAUUGGCUGGUGGGUGGGUUUUGAGGCCUCUGAUUGGCCAGUGACAUCACAGCUGCAAACACAGCCGCCGAAUUAACCAACAAUAUUGCAUUUAUUUUACCCAUAAUCCCUCAGUGCAUCCUGAGACCUGUACCAUGAAGCCAUGUCAGUGUGUUAUCCAGCUAUCUUUCUGGCAUCACGACGCCGGUUCACUUUUGAUUUAACGCAACUUCAGAGGAGCCAAUCAAAACCAUGUCAGGCGAUUUUCGAAAAAAAAUUUGGACUCGCAUAGUAAAAGCUAUUGUGCUGUGUUAUAGACCCAAUCGCAAUGUUUGUUUGCAACAACUUCCAGGUAGAAACCUCCUCUGACGCUGAGCAAAUGGAGGAACGAGGAACAACUGAAUAUACUCUCACUGCCUUCAUCUGAAAUGCAUUGUAGCGGCCAAAGCCGUUUUAAAACAGCCGGUGUUGGUAGCCAUCUUGCAAUGUUUACUAAUGACGUGGACGUCUCAGCGCUGUCAUCUUCUGUUCAGCUCGCCUCUGGCCCGCCCACAUCAGAUACAGCGAUGUGAUUGGUGCAGCUCAGCUACAAGGGCAUAGUUAAUGAGCAUCAUUACUGAAUGCCGGAGUGACUAUAACAAUUACAACAACUAAUUACAAAUUGUGCUCUUGCGGUACUCUAUAUGCCCUAUUUCUGUUACCGUGGCGGCAGAAAUUUACCGCCACUACAAAAUCAACAAAGAGGAAACCCUGUAAAUAAGAAGGUUUUUUAUUUUCAGAUGGACCUGCUGGACAAAGUGGGUAACUGGCUUCAUGAUGCAGCGUUUUGGGAUCACUGAUGUUGGGUAACAGAGUGAGCUUAAAGUCUUUGCUGCUCUCUGUUUGUCACAUCACCUUCAUCCUCCUCCUCCUCUUCCUCUUCUUCCUCCUCAUCAUCAUCAUCAUCAUCAUCAUCAUCUGCAGAACUUUAAACUCGUAUGCAAACAACAUGAGAACCUUUCAGUCGCCUCCGCCACAGACUGAAGGAGCCGUCCUGUGAUUAUUCUGUAAUCUGAGCAUGUGAAUAUCACUCUGGAAUGAUUUUUUUAUUUUUAUAAGCUGAACAUGUAAAGGCUCAAUGACAUCAUUAUUAUUAUUAUUAAUAUUAAUAUUAUUAGAGAUUAAAUAGAACAGAUAUGA